AAUCUUUCCGUUUCCCCUGUCAAUGUUGCUCGAUAAUCUCGGAGAUCAUUUACUCGUGCCUUAACUGUUGACAAUGGCAGGCGUCGAGGCUAAAAUGACACAACCUGAGCAGGUCGAGGUGUCCAAAGUGGGCAGCGUCCCACCUGAAGGCUAUGACAAGAAAUGUAUUUUCUGCAAGAUUGUUAACAAUGAAAUGGGCACGGAGCUUCUUCACUGUGUGAGACCACAAUAACAGUCAUAAAUGUUGAGCGUCAUGCGAGCUAGCGUUAGCCUGUUCAUUUUGUAAACAGUCUUGAUUAAAUGCAGUGCAGUCAGCUUUGUGACAUAUUAUGGCUUAUUUAUGAAGCUGAAUUGAAAAGUUUUUGAGACCAUUACCUGUGCAUUUAUUUGAACUUUAAGAUAUUAACGAGUUUACGCAAUCUUGUUCAUAUCUUGAACAAAGGUUAUUUUGAUUACUGUGCCUUAAAACACGGCAUUUUGUUUACAUAUUCCUGUUCAAUUAGAGCUGUCACGUCCACCUGUAUCUGUGUUAAGUCCUUAUUGCUAUUUCGUCUAAAUUUGAUGUACUGUUUCACAUCAAAGAUCCUGGAUAGAUUCAGCACGUAUCCAGCUGCAGUUUACGGCUCAACUUACCCCUCUCCUAUGGUCAACUUACCCCAUACACGGGGUAAAUUGACCAUAGGAGACCACCUUUUUUGCAUGCUAUAUUAUCAAGACAAUUAUGUUUACACUCAUUCUGUUGGUUUGCAGGGAUGCAUAACAUCUUGAAAUAUAUGCAGAUACACUAGUGAGAGACAAAACUAUGAUUGGCUUGAUGUAGUGAUCCGAAUACUCUCUGUGUUUACUAGUUAAUUCACACUGCUGUUUUUAUUUCCCUGUGCUGCAGGACGAAGAGAUCUCAUGUUUCAGGGACAUCAAACCUGGAGCUCCACACCACUACUUAGUUGUCCCAUCUAAACAUGUUGGUAACUGUAAAUCACUCAACAAAGACCACGUGCCUUUGGGUAAGCUAGAAAAAAUUGGUUGCCCUGUAGAAAACUAUUCUGGUGUCAUUUCCCUUCAUGUAUAUAGACAGUUUGACUCACAGUCCUUGGCUUCUACUGAUGGUUGUAAUUUAAUGAUGGAUUUUUAAAAGCAUAGCUGUAGAAUAUGAAAAACAACACGUGGUUCACUUUUGUGUUAUCUCACAUUUUUAUUAAAACUGCAUGCAUUGGUAUUUCUUGGUUGUCAUAUCUAGUGAAGCAGAUGGUGGAGACAGGAAAGGAGAUUCUCCAGAAAAACAACAUAACAGACCUCAGCGAUGUCAGGUGGGCCUUUCUGAGUGGUUCUUUUUUACACUUAGUCAGAGGUGGAUCCAGAAGCAUCUUAUUAUUUAACAAGGUCAAAGGUUACUCAUUUCUUCUACAAAUGGUGGCUGAUCCUUUACUGUAAGGUGGACUGCCUCUCUGUUGGCAAUCAAUACUGAUGAUCAACACGAUGUCUGUCUAGACAGACACCCAAGCAAACAAUCCUUAGUGGUGGCAGGCAAAGAUAAACAUACUUAUCCACUUCAAUUUAGAGUAAACAAUUAAAAACUAGAGCUCAGAUAAAAACUGUGCCACGUAUUGUUUGCUUUUGAAACAAGCCCACCACUUGAAUGAUAUAACACAAAGGCAGUGGGCACUUAGUUACAUCUUUCCUACAUCUUUUCUUUGUCUUCGUGUCUGCAGGUUUGGCUUUCACUGGCCCCCAUUCUGCUCUGUCACACACCUACACCUUCAUGUCCUGGCACCUGCCAGUCAAAUGAGCUUCAUGUCUCGCCUCUUCUAUAGGAUCAACUCCUAUUGGUUUAUCACAGUAAGCUGCUUCUUGAUUCUUAUUUAAGCUACUGGAUUGAACAUUGUGAAACUGUGAGAAGAAAUGAACCAAGGGCCUCUAAUUCCCAAGUUUGAGGCUCAUCAGGAUGAUCUGUAAAGGAAUUUUGUAGCUGAAAGCAAGGACAAUAAAUUUAUGAAGUUAUGCGAUGCUUUCUUACUUAAAAUGAUAAGCAGUUGGAUGGAGAUCUGGCUAAACUGGCCAUACUUUUACACUAUUGGGUCAGUUAGUUAGUUAUCGGCUACCCUCCAAUCAAAUGGAGCCAAUUUAGUGGGGAAAAAGAACUGCUUUGGGAUUGAUUUUGGUUUCAAAUGAAGCAAUGUUUCAGUCACAUGCAGUGUAAAAAUGUAAAACUGCACUUUUAACUUGUUUUCUUAAUUUACGUCACUUAAUAUUGUCAUUGAAAAAAUGAACAUUGCUACUCCACAUCCUAUUUUUUCUUAUAUCAUAUGAGCUUACACUCACAUGUUAAAUUCUUACCUGCAAUAUAGCUUGACAGUGUAGAGGUUAGUGAUAUAAUAUCUCAUGACUUCACUGUUCAUAAAAAAUUCUCCUUGAUUUGCAAAGACAUAAGAUGAAUCUCACAUGAUAGCUCAUUAUUCUCUAUAAAACACAAACAUGUGGCACCACCAUCCCUUACUUUAUUAAGUAGGGUUAAAGUGAAGAAGAAAUGAUGUCGGUCUAACUUGUGUUCUCUCCACAUCUGCUGAUGACUUUCAGGCAGACCAGCUGAUUGAACUUCUCAACUCUAAAGAGGAGACCAACUGAUCACUUCCUCAAGGUCUCGUUCUUUCAUAACUGGACAGUUUUUUGGUCAGUGGAGCAUCCGCCCUCCUGCAGGUGUCAUUCAGGACAAACACACUGAUUUGCUGUCUGUAUUGGAAGAUGAUGACAGUCAUUUAAACUGGUGGAAAAAAUCAUGAGGGACCGCUUCAGUUAAGACAUUUGAUUGUUCCAGACUAGAAAGGAAUUGUAACUGUAAGGAAAGCCACAUCUUUCUCUUUUAGUUUGAGAUAUGUCGCCUAAAUACUUAUAAAAAGUCUGCUUAAUUACCAUAAUUCUGCUGAAACUUUAUUAUCACUUUAUGGACCAAGUGCAGUGUUGACUACGUCUUUUGAUCACCAAAGUCCUGAGAAAAUGCAUUGAUUACUGAAAUUCCUCUUGAACAGUUGUUUGAAAUACUGGUUUGCAAACCUCAUUUUCUGUGAAAACAAAUAAGAAAUCUGUGUUCUCACUUUCUCAGGUACUCUUUGUUCAGAGUCCUCACUGAUGGGCAUGUUUUGGCCAAACUGAUGUAACUCAUAGUACAGAGUAAGAUCAUCGCUAGCUAGUAAUGAGGCUUCUGUAAGUGGAAGCAAUUAAUCAUCCUCAUAUACUCUGAAGUAUGUUCACUGGUCUCAACACUGCUAAAAGUAAGGAAUGUUUUGUUAAUCAGAAUUUGAUUUGAGACUGUGAAAUGUGGUCAGAUGCAUAUUACAAACUGACAGGUAACUGUGUGAAGGUAAUCCGUUUAUUAUGCUGUUUUAAUGUAUAUAAAAUUAUGCUGUAUGUACUGUAAAGAGUGUAUGCACUUUAUGAUUGAGUUUAUUAUAAAAUAAAUCAUGUCUUGCUGCUUGUCAGUGUGUUCCUAAUGAA